AUGAACACGACGAGAGAUUCCGAAAACAUUGGGAGCAGCAAGCUAGAUAAAGAAAAAUGCGAAAUGUUAAUUAAGUCGAGCACAUUCAUUAAUGGAGAAAAGGUUUUCCAGUGCUCAUCUGGAGUGGGGCCCAUCGAAGGCAUUCAAAAUAGCAAAGAAGGUGUUGAAAUAUGCUUUAGCCAUAACAAUUUGUCGGAUCAUGUCAAGGGCGUGAUGGUUCACGUAAAUGAUUACUUUACUAAAAAGAUAAAGGAGGAAAAAAACAGAUGA